UUUAUUUUGUUUACGAUGUUGACCAAGUUAUCAAUGAAAACAAGAAGUGCUGAUCAUGCCCCGCAGUAUGUGAGUACACAAGGCGCUAUAAAAGUAAAACGCGGGUUACGAACCAGCUCAUUCAGAUUAAUUUCUAGUCCUAGCUGUGCGAAAAUGUCUCAAUAUCAGUGCAAGUUCGAUCCUAUUCAAAAAACUUGGUCAGGGAAAAAAUAUGUUUCCAUUCUUAAUCCACAAGUACCAUUGGGUCAUGUCCUUUUGAAUAUGAUGGAUCGAGAUCCUGAUAAGGUGAUUCAGAUCAGUGCCGAUAGUGGAAUCAAAUAUACCAAUCAUGAUAUAAAAGUUCGGGCCAUUCGAACGUGCAUGUUUUAUUCUAAAUAUGGCCUGAAACAAGGCGACGUGGUUGGCAUAGUGGCAGCGAAUUCCGCAAACCUCACGCCUGUUGUACUCGCCUCAUAUAUCACUGGAAUACCAUACAACUGCCUGGAUGUGUCUUUUGCUAUAAGUGAGAUCGAACAUAUGUAUGGAACCACCAAACCAAAAAUUGUGUUUUGUGACGAAGGAGUUUACUCAGUGGUUAAAAGUGCUUUGCAAAAAAUUGGCCUCACUUCUCCCAUAUAUAUCAUUGACGGGCACGUGGAAAAUGUACCUCAUGUCACAGAAUUUAUGGAAAGUGUCGAUAACCUUGUCGAUGACUUUGUAUGUCCUGUAUUGGGUGACCCGAAGGAUAUCCCCGGGGCUAUUAUCUGUUCUUCCGGAACAACGGGUUUGCCGAAGGGUGUAAACGUCUCCCAAGCAUCACUUGUUCUGUGCGCUGAAAUAUCCCCCGUGAGAAGCAGUGAUAUUCUACUUUGCUUUAGUCCUAUGUAUUGGUACAGUGGUGUCUGGACAUUAAUCGUAAGUUUGAUGGCAGGAGCUACACGAAUUAUAACCACUGAAAAAGUUUCGUCGGAUGUUAUCCUACGGUUAAUUGAGGAAUACAAGGUUACAUUUUACUUAUCUCCACCUUCACAAAUGGCUGCAUUGCUACAAGACCCCAAUAUAAGUGUCAGUCGGCUACAAAGCAUUCGGACCUACCUGUGCGGUGGAAGCAAAGUUCUUCCAAUUUUGGUACAAAGGAUGAAUACGUAUUUGAAAAACGGUAGUGUUUACAUUAUGUACGGAAUGACAGAGGUCGGAUCAAUCAUUACUGUCAACCGAGGAAAUGAGCCUCUCGAAUCUGUUGGACUUGCCAUUCCCAAUAUGCAAAUGAAAAUCGUUAAUGACGAAGGCGAAAUCGUGGGUAGUGAAGUUGAUGGUGAAGUACUGGUAAAACCUCCAUAUCCAUUCUUAGGGUAUUACGGGCAACCAGACGCCACCAAAAAUGUCUUCGAUGAGGAUGGCUGGAUCCAUUCUGGUGAUGUGGGACAUUUUGGCAAACAAGGCUAUUUGAUUUUAGUAGACCGAAAGAAAGACAUCUUAAUAUAUAGAAAUUACCAUUACUUCCCAUCCGAAAUUGAAAACAUACUCGUGGAAAUACCAGACAUUGCCCAAACCUGCGUUUGCGGGAUCGCGGACGAAGAUGGUAGCGAUUUGCCGGCAGCAUUAAUUGUAAAGGCACAAGGAUCCAAUCUUAGUGAAAAGGACAUUGUUGAUCAUCUCCAGGGUAGAAUAGCAGACUAUAAACAACUUAGAGGUGGAAUUUAUUUCACGGACUCAAUUCCCAUGACGGCGUCAGGAAAAUAUCAAAGACGUGUUGUGAAAGAAAUUUGUACGAAAUUAUAUAAAAAUAAACAAGGCGCUAGUAAUUGCAUAAAAGAAACUAAUGUUAUCAGGGUCUGACUUUAAGAAAAAUAAAGUAUAUUAUUGUA